UGGUGUUUGCAGGUGCAGCUCCUCUGGGAUGGGCAAAGCUCAGGGAGAUGUGCAGGAGGAGUCAGACAAGGCUGGACUGGGGGUGGGAGCUCUGUGGGAUGGUGGGUGCUGCUCUGAAGCCGCCCCACUGCGAUGCUGUGCUCUGGGGGAGCGUGGUGAGGCUGCACUGAACUGAGUCCUCAGUGCGUCUUCCUCACGAUGAAGGGAAACCUCAUAGGUGUGUUAAAGGAACGGAAACCGAGUGCUGUGUGCGGUGGGAGGGUGGUGGAGGUAGAUAGGGCUGAGAGCCACAAACCAGCACCCACCCUGAGCACCAGCUGCAAUGGGUUCCAAUGGGGUGGCAACCAAUAGGGAAGUGCAAGGACUUUACAUCUGAGAGCCAAAGACCCCAAAUCCAGGGAACAGCCCCCAGUGUAGCGUGCUUGGGGCAGUGGCGAGACAGCUGCAGGGGCACAGCCAGGACCCAGGAUGACCCCGACACGCAGGUCCUUGCAGUCAGCCCCCGCUCAGCCCCUCUUUUCCCCCGGUCAGGAUGUGGCUGUGGCUGCUGGCGCUGCUGGGGCUGUGGCUGCUGCGGCGUUGGCACCGCGAGCGGCAGACGGUGCCCGGCCUGGAGGAGAAGUUUGUGCUGAUCACGGGCUGCGAUUCGGGCUUUGGCAGCCUGCUGGCACGGCAGCUGGACGCGCGGGGGCUGCGGGUGCUGGCGGGCUGCCUGACGGAGUCGGGGGCCGCACGGCUGCGGGCGGCCGCCUCAUCGCGCCUGCAGACCGUCCUGCUGGACGUCACCUCCAGCAGCAGCAUCGCCGCCGCCGCCGCGUGGGUGCAGGAGCGCGUGGGGCAGAGAGGGCUGUGGGGGCUGGUGAACAACGCCGGCAUCGCCAUCCCCACCGCCCCCAACGAGUGGCUGAGGAAGGAAGAUUUUGUGGCAGUGCUGAACGUCAACCUGGUGGGGCUGAUCGAGGUGACCCUCAGCCUCCUGCCGCUGGUGAAGCGGGCGCGGGGCCGCGUGGUCAACGUGGCCAGCAUAAUGGGCCGGCUCUCCAUCUUCGGGGGGGGGUACUGCCCCUCCAAGUUCGGCGUGGAGGCCUUCUCCGACAGCCUCAGGCUUGAGAUGCAGCACUUCGGGGUGAAGGUGAGCAUCAUUGAGCCGGGCUACUUCAAGACGGGCAUCACCAGCACCGUAGGCCUGGAGAAGAGCUUCCUCAGAACCUGGGAGAGGCUGCCCAAUGAAACCAAAGCGAGUUAUGGGGACAAAUACCUGCAGGACUUCCUGACAUCCAUGCGGGAGGCAGAGAAGAGGUGCAACCCCAACCUCUCGCUGGUGACGGACUGCAUGGAGCACGCACUGACCAGCCGCUACCCGCGCUGCCGCUAUGCAGCUGGCUGGGAUGCCAAGCUGCUCUACAUCCCACUCAGCUACAUGCCCUCUGCCAUCACCGACGCCUUCUUCACCUGGUCCUACCCCAAACCUGCCCAGAGAGUGUGAGGCAGUGUGGGCAGAGCUGCAUCGCCCCACAGCUGAGAUCCCACAUCAGCACGCACUGCACAGCACCGCCACGGCUGGCUGCUGAAUAAAGAUGACUUCCUCCUC